GUAGAGGAAGAAGUUUCUCUGAAUGAUGGCAGGAUCUCUGUGGCUGCAGCACGUCAAUUAAAAGCUCUCUAAUGAACACCAGCCCGUUAUUUUAAGAAACAUUUUAGCAGAGAUCAACGUCUCCUGAUGACUUUCGAUUCGGAGCCUCGGUUGUCCCCACUGCCGUGGACAGAAGUUCUGGUGUACUGGGUACUCUCCUUUGGUUCCCAUCUUUACUCUUUUUAUAAACUGCACACAUUCUCCAAAGAGCAUGAAGUUGGAUUAGCGAGAGAAUUCCACUUGGAAAAUGGUAUAUUUAAAGGUUUUAAAAGGGAUCCUUUAGACUUCGAGUGGAGUUUCUGGACUGAAUGGGCCAAAAAGUCUUUACUGUGGACUCUGAUUGGUCACGGCAUUUUAUCAAGGUUAACCACCAUCUUUAACCCCAAGCUCAAGGUGCCUGCACUUACACUAUAUGGCUUCUUAGCAGCCAGCGGCGUGCUGGGGAUUAAAGGUGUGAGUGUUCUGCUUGUACAUCUGGGUGUUUCCUUCUCAGUGGCCCAGCUGCGAAAGCCCGCUCUGUCGUGGGUUUUUAAUCUUUUGAUGCUUUCCACACUUCACGUUCAGUCACUUCAAGACAUCCAGAGAGGUUGGUAUAGCACAGAGGAGGAGUAUUACCUGCUGCUCUUCAGCGUAGCUGUGUGUGGCCUGCGAUUCAUCAGCUUCAGCCUGGAGCACUGCUGGAGCCCUUUAGAUCGGAGUGGACUCGUGGAGCUCUUUUGGCUGUUUUCGUACACCUUCUAUCAUCCCUUCUUCUACAAUGGACCCAUUAUCACCUUCAAAGCCUACACAGAGCAGAUGCGGAGGUCUACUGAAGAGAGCAACAGAAAUGAAUCUGCUCUCAGCUUCUUGUUACUCAGAUCAGGACGUAUUUUACUUUGGUGGUGUCUGGCAGAAUAUAUGAUCCAUGUCAUGUACAUGCACUCCAUCCAGUCUAAUGAGACUUACAUAGAAAUACUCCCUCCAUGGGCUUUGGGUGGUCUCGCUCUGGCCCUUGUUCAGUUCUUCUAUGUGAAGUAUCUGGUUCUGUUUGGACUUCCAUGCUCGCUUGCUGCUUUGGAUGAACUGGUUCCCCCAAACCUUCCUUGUUGCGUCAGCAUCAUGUACAGUUUCACCGGGAUGUGGAGGCACUUUGAUGAGGGGCUGUAUCGAUGGCUCAUCAGAUACAUCUACGUCCCAUUGGGCGGCUCACGACACGGCCCCCUUUGCAAAGUCUUAUCCACGGGCCUCGCCUUUGGAUUUGUCUGCUUCUGGCACGGCGGUCACGACUACUUACGGUACUGGGCUCUGAUGAACUGGGCCGGAGUUCUGGCUGAAAAUGGACUGUCGUCCCUCUUUGCCUCAUCCCGCGUUCGCUCCGUAGUUGAGCAGAAUUUCUCCACGGCAAUGCAAAGGCGCCUCAUCGCCCUCCUCUCUGCCUUCUCAACUGCCAUGCUCAUACUGUCUAAUCUGGUGUUCCUUGGUGGUAUACAUGUUGGCAGAAUCUUCUGGAAGCGUGUCUUUGUUCAAGGUUGGUCUACAAUCGCCCCUCCGAUGCUCGCCUUCCUCUACUGCUUUGCUCAGAUUGGACUCGAGUGGACUUCUCACCCGCCAUGAGUCACCUUGACUUUGUGCCGGAGUGAGAAUCCCUGCUACCGGACACCCGGAGCAACCGGCUGGCUCCAGCGCCUCGUCCUCACCAGCCGGAGCCUCCGUGGCCAACCUGGCUUCCGGCCACCAAAACGUGUCCGAAACUGUGGCUGAAGCUCAGCCGUUCUCCACAACCUGCAGGACUAACAACAAAACCUGUCUGCAAGCUGGAGCUCAGGGAGGAUGUUCUUCUUGUACUUUCCAGGAACUAAAAUGAGAACUGCUGCGUUUCAUUUUAUAGCAGUCUCGAGUACGCACAUCAAAUGAUUUUUUUUAUUCUAAGAAACCGUAAAAGAAAAUGUGGGCCUUGAGUCUGUUUUGCUUGUAUGAUUCUGAUAACAAAUUGCUCAGUGGUGCGGUAAACUAGAUAAAUUUCAUGUUUUCUGCCCACUUUUUAGCUUUCCACCAAAGCUGUUGCACAUUUAGAGGCAGACUGUGGGACAGAACAGCAGAAAUCUCUUAUUUCCAUUCGGUUUAGCAGAACUACACAAAUAAAAGCACACGAUUGAAAAUAAAGGAUGGAAAAAUCUGAAAUAAAAGAAACUAUAGGUCCCUGUUUUGCUGUUGAAAAUAAAGCAUUUCAUUAAACUUGUUUUCAAACUUUUUCAUUUCUAGAGAACUUUCUGUCAUUGUGUGUUUAUCAGACUGGAGCAUGAAAAUCAAAGUGACAUUAUAAACUUUCACAUCUGUCUCUAAUAAAUAUAAAAAGAAGUCUUGAUUUAA